UUUUCGUCGUUUCCGCUAAAGCAAAGCUGUUGCUAGUGAGGUAGUUCACCGUCAAUUGAAUUGUGCAGCUAUUAAGACGCACUAGUUUCCACUCAACCUCACGUUGUUAUCAAUAUGGGGUCCUCCAAAAAACAUAAGGAAAAGGGACGCGAAAAAGACAAAGACGCAGAAGAUCGUCAUCGGGAACACAAAAAACACCGUCACAAGGACCGAGAAAGAGAUAAGGAACGGGAUGCCACCAGAGACAGAGAAAAGCGAAAACGGUCUAGGUCCAAGGAUAGAAGCGGACGCGGUACCGAGAAGGAAAGUAGAAGCAAAGCCGACAAGAGUACCGGGGAGCCCCGAGUCAAGAAAGAAAAGGUUGAGUCUGGAUAUGAGGCGAGCACAUCCACAGACAUUGGACCACAAUCUGCAAGUGGCGAUGCCUCCCUUAGCAUCGAGGAGACCAACAAAUUGAGAGCCAAGCUGGGUCUAAAACCCCUGGAACUAAAUGAAGCCAAGAAAGAGCUUGGUACCAAGGAGGAUCCGAAGGUGGCAGAGACGAUCAACCCCGUCACUAUCCGAAAGCAGAAGGACAUGAGGGAGAAACUAGCGGCUAUGAAAGAAAAACGCCUCCUGAAUAAGAAACUGGGGAAAGUGAAGACUCUAGCAGAGGAAGACUGGUUGGAUGACACCACUGCCUGGGUUGAGAAAAGCCGGAAGCUGGCCAAAGAGAAAGAACUGGCAGAGAAGCGAGAGAAACUUCUGGAGGAGAUGGACCAAGAGUUUGGUGUGAGCAGUCUGGUGGAAGAGGAGUUUGGACAGGCCAAGAAGGUAGCCUACAGUUCCAGGGACUUAAAGGGCCUUACAGUGCAGCACAAGAUGGAAUCAUUCAAUGAGGGGGAGACAGUCAUCCUCACACUGGAGGACAAAGGCGUCCUGGAGGAGAAAGACGACGUGCUUGUCAACGUGGGGCUGGUGGACAAGGAGAGGGCGGAGAAGAACGUGGAGUUGAAGAAGAAAAAACCGGAAUACAAACCCUACGAAGAGGAAGAGAGCGUCGAUGACAUGGCUGUGAUAAAGCCCCGCAUCGUACUGGGCAAGUAUGACGAGGAGAUCGACGGGGAGCAGAAAAAGAGCUUCCGGUUGAGUACCGGUGGCUUCGCUGAGGGGGAGAGGGAACUGCAGGCCAUCAGGGAGACCCUGCGCAGCCAGGCCCAGUCCCUGCAGAUGCCUGCUCUCAUGAUCGCCUCAGAGUACUAUUCACCCGGGGAGAUGGUGGGCUUUAAGAAGACCAAGCGACGCAUCAAGAAGAUCCGUAAGAAGGAGAAGGUGUCUCUGCCCGAUGAGCUUCGCCUGGACGACACGCGCAGUACCGACUUCGGCUCCAGGUCAAGGGGCCGCGGCCGCAAGCUGGAGGCCCUGGAGGGAGGGUCCGAGGGGAACAGCACCUCCAUCGACGUUCCCCAGCAGUCCGACGACGUCAGAACAGCCAACAUGGAAAUCAGUGACGAAGAGGACUUUGUGUCCCCGGAGCCGGCUGUGAUGGAGGAGGACGAGGCGGAGGCCGAGCUGCAGAAGCAGCUGGAGAAGCAGAGGAAACUGAAGCAGAAACAGCUGCUCAAAGACUCUGGAGAAAAGGUGGUGGAGCAGGUCAAGGUGCUCGGUGGGGAAGGUGACAACACUGACGAUCCUGACCGGAAGAACAAUAUCGUGUUCAAUGCCACCUCUGAGUUCUGCAGGACACUGGGGGACAUCCCCACCUACGGCCUCUCAGGAAACAGAGAGGACCAGGAGGACAUCAUGGAUUUCGAGCAGGAGGCGGAGAGAGAUGGCGCUGGGGGUUCCGACUCUGAGACGGAUGAGAAUGUUGGCUGGAGCAUGGUGAACCUGGACGAGGAGAUGAAACAACCAGACUUCUCCACGGCAUCCACCACCAUUCUGGAUGAAGAGCCGAUCGUCAACUCCGGGCUAGCUGCUGCCUUGCAUCUCUGCAAAAACAAGGGCCUCUUGGACACUCAGAUGCAGAAGAUAGCUCGCGUUAGGGCACCGAAGGGCGCCCUACCAAAUGACAAUUAUUGCAUUGAGGACAAAAUGACGAUAGACGACAAAUACAGCCGGAGGGAGGAGUACAGAGGCUUCACUCAGGACUUCAAGGAGAAGGACGCCUACAAGCCAGACGUCAAGAUCGAGUAUGUGGACGAAUCUGGCAGAAAGCUGACUCCAAAAGAGGCGUUCAGGCAGCUGUCCCAUCGUUUCCAUGGCAAAGGGUCUGGUAAGAUGAAAACAGAGAGGAGGAUGAAGAAACUGGAGGAGGAAGCCCUGCUGAAAAAGAUGAGCAGUAGUGACACUCCACUGGGAACAGUAGCUUUGCUACAGGAGAAGCAGAAAUCACAGAAAACACCCUACAUUGUCCUCAGUGGGAGUGGAAAGAGCAUGAAUGCAAACAACAUCACCAAAUGAGCUUGACAAGGAUGACCUUUCCUGUGUGGUCUCUCACUCUCACACGCAUACACACACACAUUUUAAGUUUGUUCUAAAUUGAAUCAAGUCGCUAUUGUUAUAUAUAAAGUGGAUUUGUUGUUUUGACCAAGGAUUUAUGUCUACAAUGCUUAUCAUUGUUGUAAUAAAGAAUUGACAGAA